UCCGGGACGCGGAGAAGGAGUCGGUCCGAGACGCUGCUCUGUGUGGGCGAGAGACUUGCCCCGGCUGCGAGGAGCAGGUAGGUUGUGGUCCGAGCGCUCCGGUCUGAGACUUGAGACUAGUUGAAGGUCUUUUGUAAAGUUAGCGAACUCGACGGGGAACCCGGAGCAUUGAAGACCGCUAACUGCGCCCGAGGACGUAGGAACUGGACGAGGAGGUCUUUGAUACAGCUUUACAGAAUCGUCUCUUGCAGCCGAAUGUGGAAAAGCCGAGUAGCUAGGAUUACAGAUGCCCACCACCACGCCGGGCCAGGUUGUCAUAUUUAUACUCCCAGAGGCAAAUGGUAGUUGAGGAGGAAGCUCCUGGUGUUUAUAGACGCGGAAACAUGUUAAAAUGGCAGGCCCACAUCAUCUCUACUUCAUGUUCAUUUCCACUGUGUGUUCAUCUCUACCGUGUUUCUUCUAAGUUAAAUAAAUCUGCUUUAGAAAUACCAGAUACCUACAAGACUCACAGUUCUGCACAAGGCUGCCUGCCAUGGGCUGUCGGGAUGUCCAUGCAGCCACAGUCCUCUCCUUCCUGUGUGGAAUCGCCUCAGUAGCAGGCCUCUUUGCGGGGACUUUGCUUCCCAACUGGAGAAAAUUACGACUGAUCACGUUCAACAGAAACGAGAAGAACUUGACUGUUUACACAGGUCUGUGGGUGAAAUGCGCCCGGUAUGAUGGUAGCAGUGACUGCCUGAUGUACGACACUACAUGGUACUCAUCAGUUGACCAACUGGACCUGCGUGUCCUUCAGUUUGCCCUGCCCCUCAGCAUCCUGAUUGCAAUGGGUGCCUUGCUGCUCUGCCUGAUUGGAAUGUGUAACACAGCAUUCAGGUCCUCAGUGCCUAACAUCAAACUGGCCAAGUGUCUGGUCAAUAGUGCAGGCUGUCACCUGGUGGCUGGGCUGCUGUUCUUUCUGGCAGGUACUGUGAGCCUUUCUCCAUCCAUCUGGGUCAUCUUCUACAACGUCCAUCUGAACAGAAAGUUUGAGCCAGUUUUUACAUUUGACUAUGCAGUUUAUGUCACCAUCGCCAGUGCCGGGGGUCUGUUCAUGACUUCCCUCCUACUGUUUGUUUGGUACUGUGCGUGCAAGUCUUUACCUUCUCCUUUCUGGCAGCCACUGUACUCCCAUCCUCCCAGUAUGCACACUUAUUCCCAGCCCUAUUCAGCCCGUUCCCGCCUCUCUGCUAUUGAAAUCGACAUUCCAGUAGUCUCACACACUUCCUAAUAUGAAUAUAGGUAAUUGUUUAAAAAAAUUUCUUGUAGCCCCUCACGUUCCCCUGUAUAAAGAGCCUUUUUGAACGUUGUACAUUUUCCUUUGUUCCUGACCAGUAAACAAAGCCAAAUUUUAUGUGCUGGUAGAAUGAAGUGCUGCUAGUUAUUAUAAGUAAACAUUUUUAAUGGCAAACAUUUCUCUUGCUGCUUGUAUUGAAAGGAUUUUUGACCUCCUUAUUGAUAUUUGACCAGUUUUUUAAGGGGAAACAACCUAUGUCUGGUUUAGACAUGGGAAAGAAUGAUAGUUAAGAGAAACUGUUGCAUACAGUCUUUAUGAAUAUUUCAGAUUGUUUUGUACUUUUUAUGUAAUAGCUUACACUGGAAAGGCAACUUUAAAUACAUGAAAUUUCUUUUAACUAAAAGUAACUUAACAGUAGUCAGUAAUCUAGCAGCUUAUGGCUUUAACUUUUCUCUUGAGGCUAAUUAUAUUGAAUAUGUUUCAGUGUUUUGAAAAUUACUUUCUUUUUUGUGAGUUCCUUAUCUUCUACCUCAUGCCAGUGUUCAAAAGUGAAAUGCAUUUUAAGUGAAGUCAGAAUAAGACUAACAUUUUUAAGUAUCUAUUUAGACAAUGUUAACAUAAUUUUAAAGAUUCCAUAAAUUGUACUGUUGGAGUUAAAAUAUGCUAUGUGACAGAUUUGUGCUUCUUCUGAGGCAGAAAAACUUCUAGAUACCAUCUGUUAGACAGUACCUGUGCACACGUAUGAUCUCUUAGUGGCUAAGAGAAGUUAACAAAAGGUUCAGACCUAAUUUGUUCUGUUCACACGUAAGUGGUAAGAGACAAGAAUCUAUUCUUCGUUGCAAUAGAAGUGAUUCGCUCUGGUGAGUGUAACAGGUGAAGUAGAAGGAUGACUACCGUAACCACACUCCCCCUUAGUUCACUUCCUGCCCCCAUCAUUGAUUAUGUGGAGAGCAUUUAUCUUGGCCUAGCACUUCAUAAUAGGUGGUUUAGAGGACACAAGAAUGUAGGGGAUCAGGUCCAUCUAUGAAGAAAUUUUAAUCUAAUAAGAUCAAAUUCUCAAACUUUUACUUACAGUUAGUGAACGGUCUGACUUCAUUGGUAGGUGGUCUGAACUUCUCAGUCAGUCAUCCAGGAAUCUUUUCAACCAGAAUUAUGACUUUCUGACAGACUAAUUAUAUAACACCAGCACUAUACUGGACCCUGGAAAUUUGCUGUACUUGAACAUCAGAUUCUUAUGGUACCUACCUUCACCUACAUGCUCAACACUGUCUCAGAAACAAGGGCCCGGGCAACCUCUGAAAGUAUAAGGCUGUAUUAAGGAAGAUGUUUUUAUACUCUUUAUUCUUAGGUAGUAUCAGUUAAAUACAAGUAUGUCAGCACUGAGAUAAUACUUAGAGAUUCAGGGAUUUAGGGCCUUUGCCCUUAGGAAUUUGAGCUGCUUAUUUAGUUGGAGGAAUUUGCUGUGGAUUAGUAUUAUAUCUAUGAGGAUUUUGUUUUAUUACAGAAUUUACAAAUAGUUGUAUAAUAACAGAGUAUGCCUCUUUUACAGAUCUGAAGAUGAUUUUGGUAUUUCUAUAGAUAAAUAUGAAUAUAUAGUACUUUUUUCUAAUUCCAACACUACUAUAUGUAAAUAGAAAAUAAAUCCAGUUACAUAGUUUUUAAGUGCCAUCAGUAGAAAGCUUACUAGGCUGUGUUUUUUCUGUUAUAAUUUCUAAUUUGAGUUGUGAUUUUUCUCAUUCUCAUAUGUAGCCAAGUCUUGAUUAUUCCAAGACAAUGACAGGUAGCAUUUUCAGAUCAAUAUUAAUUUUUCCACUUGGGUAAUUAAUUUUAGUACCUUCUCACUAAAAUUUUGUCCAGAAACAUCAAGAAUUUCAUCAUUUCUUGGUCUUUGCAUAAACAAUGUUAAAGGAAAAAAAUGAGCCAUACUAGUCAGUUUUAGUUGUUAUAGUUACACAUAUAAACAUUAAGUUUUCAUACACUAAUCUGUAGCCUCAAAUUACAGUUUAUUAUGGAUUCACAUGGCAUAAGAAACAGUUGUUUUCUUAUUGUCUUUUUGGUAUUUUAAAUUUGCUAGCAGUAGCUGUUUUUUGAAACCUUUAAAGGAAAACAAGUGUUUACUGUUCUUACCAUUCUUGAGCACCGAUCAGUCUAGCAUUGUGAUUGGGGAUAGCUUUUUGUUAAAAGCCUAUUAAUGUUAAAAGCCUUUUUUACAGAAGCCAACUUGGAAAACAAUCUUAGAUAUGGUAUGGUGUUCUGGAUUUGUUUUAUCUAACGUUGGUUAAAAAGUAAAUAAAGAUUGUUGAAUUUAUUUUAUUUGUACAUAUGCACUACAAUGAAUAGUAUAUUUGUUGUAAACUGCAAGAUAAAACCUCAGUAAAAGUGUACUGUACUUCUUGAUGUUUAUUAAAAUAUGUAUUUUUACAA